UGCGCGUGCGCAACUCGCGAAGAUGUCGGCAGAGGGCCAAGUCGUUUCGUGCAUUCCAAAUACGAGUAAGAUGUCGAAGGCGAAGAAGGUUUUGGAGGAGGCGCGCGAAAUCCAAAAUCCCGAAUUGGAUUUGGCUGAUAAGGGAAUCGCCAGCUUCGAGGAGUUGCCCGGUCUCCUGAACAUGAUGAACAUCACUAGACUCACAUUGAGCCACAACAAAAUCAAAGUUGUUCCACCAGCUCUCGCCAACUUGACCAACUUGGAGAUCCUCAAUUUAGCUAACAACAACAUCGAGGAGUUACCAUUAUCGUUGUCUUCUAUGCCCAAGCUGAGGAUUCUGAAUCUCUCCAUAAAUCGACUGUACUCUUUGCCAAGAGGAUUCGGAGCAUUCCCAAUCCUAGAAGUCUUAGAUCUCACCUACAACAAUCUCAACGAGAAAACGCUCUCAGGCAACUUCUUUCAAUUAGAAACCCUGAGGGCUCUCUAUUUGGGUGACAACGACUUUGAGUACAUUUCAGAUGAAAUCAAGAAUCUGAAAAACUUGCAAAUUUUGGUGCUGAGGGAGAACGACAUAAUCGAAUUGCCAAAGGAAAUUGGUGAAUUGGUUAGACUACGCGAAUUGCAUUUACAGGGUAACCGUCUGACGUUGCUUCCGCCGGAAAUUGGAAAUCUGGAGGUGACCAACAAAUCUGUGUUCAAAUUCGAGGGCAACGAUUGGGUGACGCCGAUCGCGGAUCAGUUGCAAUUGGGCGUUUCGCAUCUGAUGGAUUUCCUGAAAAGCGAAACAUACCGGAUUUUGUACGGAAGAUAUCAGCAGAACAAACCGCAAGUGCCGCCGCCUUGCAUCGAUAAAGCCAAGAAAGCUUCGAGGAUCAGAUGAUCCGUAACUGCCAAAAUGACUACGACUAGUUAGAGCGAGCGAUUAAUCCUCUUCACUAAUUAGUAGCAAUAUCAAUAAUCAAGUGCCUUAUGUUUUUUUUACAAAAUUAACAAAUUAAUUUAUUACCAUAUAUAUAUUUUAUAUAACUCUCCAAGGAGAAACACACAGAUAAUAUAUCUUAUGCUUUUAUUUACUUUUGUGAUUAAAUCCUGUACGAACAA